CCACCCCUCUCCCCCGCCCAUGAGAUGGUUUCGCCCACAGCCCUGAGAUGCGUGGACAGAGGCGCGGGGACAACACGGACUUGGUCCCGCGUUACGGACCUUGAUUUGGUUUCCUUGCUACGGACCCCAAGACCUAGGACCUGGUCCUUUCGCUCCGGAUCCCGAGACCUGGUCCCGCAUCACGGACCCCGGACCUGGUCCCCGCCCCCUCUCGUCCCCUCGCCACGGACCCCAGGAUUCAACGUGGUCAUUGAACUCGGGAGCCCCGGAGCCAUUGACUCUCAGAUCUGAGAUCUCGGACCCCGGACUCGGAGGCCCUGGGCCCGGCACUCGGUCGUAGGUUUGUUGCCCAAGGCCCGGUCCUGCUUCUGAUCGCUGCCUGGCUAUCGGCCCGUCUCCUGGACUUCGGACGUCUCCCUGCGGGUUUCUCACGGCUACUCCGCUGCUCGCUGUUUCGCUCGUUCCCCGGAGUCGUGGUCGAUACCCCCCGCCCGCCCCAGACUGUCUUCGACCCCUCGGCCUCGGUCCCCGUCCCGUCCCCAUGCGCGGGCCCCGCCAUGUCCGCGCAGUACUCAGGGCUACAGGCGCUGCCCGGGGGGGACCUAGGGGACGGAGCGCGGCUGCGGGGUGCGGCCUCCUCGGCCUCGGUGUCGCGCCGGGAAGUGCGGGACGGAGGCGGCGGAGGCGGAGACAGGGGACAGAUGUGCGACAGGAGCCCCCUCGCCAGGGAAGUGUACCUUCAAAAGGAGGUGGAGCGUUUGCGAGUGGAGAUCGCCAGGAGUGAGGAGGUCAACCGGUUGCUGCUUGCCGAGCUCGAGGACUGUCGAGGAGUGGUCCCGCCGUGCGAGCAGUACCCCCCACCGCGAGGGGGGGGCUCCCCCGUGGAGCCUGUGGCCCUCGCGCUGCCCGGCACGCAGCUCGUGGUGCAGCUCACGCAGAAGGAGAACGAACUCGCGCGGGCCAAGGAGGCGCUGCAAGCCAUGAAGGCGGACCGGCGGAGGCUGCGUGAGGAGAAGGGCGACUUGGUGAGCCAGAUGAAGCAGCUGUACAGCACUCUGGACGAGAAGGAGGACCAACUGCGCACUUUCAUCCGCAACUAUGAGCUACACCGCAAGGAGAAUGAGGAAGCCACUCGGGCCUUGAUUGUGGAGCGGGAGAGCUCGGAUCGUGAGAAGUGGGAGAUCUUGAGACGCGCUCGGGAGACUACGGACCGCUCGCUCGCGCUGCGCGCGCAACUCGACGCGCGGGACAACCGCAUCAAAGAGCUCGAAGCGGAGCUCACGAUGUUUCUUCACAAUGGAAGCAGAGCCUCCGCUACCAAUGCCAGGCAGUCCCUGGUGGCCGCGAGCAGGGACUCGUCCAAGCGGCAGUCCCUCGUGACGUCGUCCGACUCGGGGGACUCCCCGGAGUGGCCCCUGCCACACGAGACGGUCACGGCAGCGAUCCGUAAGAGCCUGCAGAACAGUACGCAGCACGUGGCCGCGGCAGCCCAGUCGGGACACUACCCCCAGCACCCGGCGACCACCGCGCAGGGCGCCUCCACCAUGGACAGGAAAGGCAUGGUCAGCGUGGGGCAUUCGCGCCGUUCGUCGCUUGUGUCGGAGAUUACGACGUCGUCCGACGGCGUGCGCCCGGUGACGGCCAGCGACCACAGCUCCCCGGCACGCCUCCCACACUCGCUGGCGAAUUCUCUGGAGGAGCUAAAUGGACUGGGGCCAGGCCGGGAUAAGGAGAAGAAACGUCUGAGCACAUUCUCCAUGAUUCUGGGCAAAGGACGCAGCCGCAAGUCGGAGCCCUAUCACCACGAAGUGAUGACCCCGCAGUCGAGUCCAGCUCACGGGCUGCUUCCUCUGGCGCACCCCGAGGCCGUUCUCCUCCCCCCGUGUACUGGGACACUCCCCGGAGCGCUGGGGGGGGCAUCCGCUGGAGAUCCCGUGACUAAGCUGCAGCAGGCCGAGGCUGCCCGGGUGACAGCCAUGUCUCGCUGGAAGUCGGACACCAUCCUGGCAUGGCUGGAGCUCAACAUGUCCAUGCCUAUGUACGGAAAACACUGCCGGGAGAACAUAAAGAGUGGCAAGGUUCUGCUGGGGCUGUCCGAUGAGGAGCUGGAGAAGGCACUGGGGGUCGCUAAUCCUCUGCACAAGCGCAAGUUGCGUCUCGCUAUCGAAGACUAUCGGCAGGCGGAGCAGGAUAGCAGCCGGUGCUGUCUGUCGCGAGCGUCCGAGUUGGACCACCACUGGGUGGCCAAGACGUGGCUGCGGGACGUGGGGCUGCCCCAGUACGCGCAGGUCUUCCACUCCCAGCUGGUCGACGGGCGUGUGCUGGGAUCCUUGGGCCGCAAGGAGCUGGAAAAGCUGCUGGGAGUCACAUCUAAGUUCCAUCAGACAAGCAUUUUGCACGCGAUCGAGCUUCUGCGAAGCGUGGCCUUCGAUCGCGAGGAGCUGAGUCGGCGCCGCCAGCUAUGUGAGGUGCGGGAUGUGGACACGGUGGUGUGGACAAACCAGCGGGUCAUGCAGUGGGUCCGCAAUGUCGACCUGAAGCAGGAGUUUUCUGAGCACCUGGUGAGCAGCGGUGUCCACGGGGCGCUGCUCGUGCUGGAGGGCAGCUUCACGGCCGAGGGCUUGGCGGCCAUGCUGAAAAUUCCGCAUAACAACGCCUUCCUGAGGCGACACCUGGCCUCCGAACUCGCUGUCAUAGUCGACCCCAGCAGUAAGCUUCCUAAACCCACCUUUAGGAUGCUUCCCUGGGGCUCAGCAUUAGCCAGAAGUACGACCAGGAGACGGGCGUGUGAUGCUGGAGCACACCACUCCGCCAGAGACACGACUGAGGGAGAGGACUCUUCACUUGAAGCACGUUGCCCUCCAGCUACCGGGCACUGCAGCGGAAGGCUCCAAUCAGAGUUCUUCAUACUUAAUGGACACACAUGACACUGUUGGCCAUGGUGAAAGUGUUGGGGUUAGUGGAGGCUGCAUACGAGAAGCAAGAAAGUAAGCUUGUGAGACUUCAAGGUGUUCAUUGGUAAUAGGACUGCAACACUCAAGCCAAUUGGACAAGUCGAGGCCCAGCAGUGUUGGUGACCGGUCAGCUCAGGCCUUGCAUGCACUGGCUCCUCUACAGAGUUCACUGACCAACGCCUGUGUGCAUACUCGUAUUACUGUACGUGACUAAGCAGUGGUCAAAAUGUAAACGUAGAAGCGCUGGUAUAAAACCUCUUAAUCACGCAGCCCAUGUUUACUCCAUUUUCCCCUCUGUGGAAACAGCGUAAUAUUGGAAUUGGGACCGUUCUGAGAAGUGUCGGUGAACGUGUUUUAGUGUUCUGAGCAGUGCCCGUGUGGCGUUCCGUCACAUACCGGCUCGUAUCCAAAACUGUGAUUAAGUACAAACACGUGGUGAGUAAAACUGGCUCUGUUUUUUUCACUGUCGAGAGGAACGUUGUGAUUCUUUAAGAAGGCCACUUAUCUGCAACACUUAGGUUUUAUUCGUACUAUAUUUGUUAUUUUAACUUGACCAGUAUGUGAUCAUAGAAGCAGCAAUGUAACGUACAGGAAGAGAAGACGAGAGAACGGAAAUGUCACAUUUCUCAGUUCCUCUCAGAGAAACUGUUCCUGUUUUUAAUCAAACUUACAUAACCCGUUUUUAAUGACCUGUUUUUAAUCAGGUUACAAACUUACGUACCCCAACAACGUUGAUUAUUACGAUUCUGUCUGGGUUACCUGGAACUCCAUUUUACGUGAAUACAUUAAAAUUUAUCAUCGUGGAGAAUAUAACGAACACAUUAAAGAGCAGACAAUACACACUUUUCCCAUAUCUGCCCCUUCACAAGAUUUAUUUUUGAUUUUUUGACGCAUCCCAUCAGCCACACGGCUUUCUGGAAGUGCAUAAUUUCUGUAGCAUUGAUUCAGCACAAGAAAACUGGACCAAUAUUGAUAUUCAGUGUCUCAUCAAUAUAGGCAGUCUCACUUGAACGUUGCUGGUGGACUGCUGCCAGAUAUUUCUCGGAAAUCUCCCUCUGUUAGAAGUGGGGCCUGGCCGUAUUGUCUGCUUAUUUAUUUGCAGAUACACUCCCGGUGUCACCUGAUCUACAGUAUACAAUCAAAAUACAGCAACAGUUAUGUCUUUAUUUUUAUAAAUAUACGUAUUUUAUGUUUAGCACAGAUAAUUAUAAUUAGUGGAUAGAACUGCUACAGAAAUAUAGUCCAUACUUGGUCAAAAGUGAAUGUUAUAUGCACAGGAAAGUUCAGGUGUCAUCAUGGUCUUCGGCUUUGGCCAUGAUGACAUCUUCAUCCUGCGCAAUGGAGGAGGGAAGGGGUUGAGGCCUCCGUGUUCAAAUUAGUUUUCUAAAGUGAAAACUCAAUUUCUUUAGAACUGCUUGUUGUGUUUAGUUGGUUAUCCUUCCCCCGCGCCUCCGAUGAGCACGGUUGGCUAAGUACAGUGUGAAAGAAGUUCAAAAACAACAACAUACAUUAAUCUUGCGCAAUGGUGGGUGCAAGAUUUGAGGCCUUCGUGUUCAAGGAGGGUGGCAGGAUUAUUUUGGUAAAGUCCCAGCCAUGCUUGACAUCCAUUGGCAGCUUGUAUGAAUAAUGAUCGUGUGGUAAUGAAUGACUUCGUCUCCACUGGUAUGUAGCUAAUAAAUCUGGCUUAGCGUUGUCAGUGCUCAUGUCCGAUGUGGUGAGACGUACACUGUGCUGGCCUGAGUCGGAGUUGGCUCCAGGGUCAGAACCCAUAGGCAUGGCUGGUUCCUCCACAUGCAGGGCAUCAGAUUUACCUUAUGUUUACAUUGUGUUAAUACCACUAAUCUGUUACCUCAUGUAAAUGCCCUUUCAGAAUGUUUAAUAGUUCCACUCUACCCACUGUUCAUUACCAGAUUUGACGCAGUUUUUAUACCACGCGCGACCUGGUUGAAACCACUGUGCACGGAAUAAGGUGAUCACAUUGUGUGGUUUGGACAGGUUACAGUUUUAUUUUUCACGUGUAACACAAUGGGGCUUUGAUUAAAGACACUCGUUUUGCCUAAUA